AAUCGCUGGCAGGGAAUCGUUGGCGAUGAGUCGUUUAAUCGAACGCUUUAUUUUUUGAUUUUCUUGUUGCCGGGCCCGUCCGCCACUAUGAACCCGUUGACCCAGGUGCGCCGCGUGAACGCGAUGAACGCGCGCGAGUCGGCGCAGGGCGUGAGCGAGGCGGCGUCGUGGCACGCCGACUACCGCGGCAGCGCCUGGAUCUUCGUCGGAGGACUCCCCUACGAGCUCUCGGAGGGCGACAUCAUCUGCAUCUUCUCGCAGUACGGGGAGGUGGUGAACCUGAACCUGGUGAGGGACAAGGCCACGGGAAAGUCCAAGGGCUUCACCUUCAUCUGCUAUGAGGAUCAGCGCAGCACCAAUCUAGCAGUGGAUAACUUCAACGGCAUCAAGAUCAAGGGCCGCACACUGCGCGUGGACCACGUCUCUGAGUACCGUGUCCCCAAGGACCACACGGACACCGAUCCGGUCACCCGGGCCCUGCGCGAGCACGGCUGUGGGCCCCUGGUUCCCACCCCCACCGCCACUACCCCCAGCGAGACCCCCAGCGAGACCCCCAGCAGGACCCCUUGCCCUGCGGGAUCAACCGGGUCGCGCAGUGACACUGACGAAUCUCCCCGGAGGAAACGCAAGCACGGAGACGGAUCCCACGAGAAGAAGCAGAAGCAGCAGAAGAAGAAGAGGAAGAAGGAUAAGAAACUAAAGAAGAAAGACAAGAAGACACGGGCAGAUGAGCAGGAGGAGGAGGAGCAAGAAGAGGAGGAGGUCCUUGAAAUCAAACCUCCCUCUGUCCGUGUGAAAAUUGAGAAAUCGGACCCCGGAUACGAAAAAGCAGCCAUGGGGAAACGCGGGGAGAGGCACGUGGAGGGCGACAGGGAUGGACGUAGGGACGGGCAGGGACACGGGCAGAGUGAGGUGAGCAACGAGAGGGAUAGGCAGGGCGCUGCGGAGAGGAGAGUGAAGAUGGAGAAAGGGAGUGAGGGUGAGAGGGAGAGAGGUGGUGAAAGGGAGAGACCAAGAGAUGGUGACAGACAGACGGGUGAGAGGGAGAGACAGAGGGACGAUGCGAGGGAGAGACUGAGAGAGGGUGAGACGGAGAGAGGUGAGAGGGAUAGGCAGAGAGACAGUGACAGACAGAGAGGUGAGAGGGAGAGACAGAGAGAUGGUGAGACGGAGAGGCAGAGGGGUGGUGAGAGACAGAGAGAUGAGAGGAAUAGACAGAGAGACGGUGAGUGGGAGAGACAGAGAGAUGGGGAGAGACAGAGAGACGGUGAGAGACGGAGAGACAGUGAGAGACCGAGAGAUGGGGAGAGACAGAGACAGAGAGACGGUGAGAGACAGAGAGACAGUGAGAGACCGAGAGAUGGGGAGAGACAGAGAGACGGUGAGAGACGGAGAGACGGUGAGAGACAGAGAGACGGUGAGAGACAGAGACAGAUAGAUGGUGAGAGACAGAGAGACAGUGAGAGACCGAGAGACGGUGAGAGACAGAGACAGAUAGAUGGUGAGAGACAGAGAGACAGUGAGAGACCGAGAGACGGUGAGAGACAGAGACAGAUAGAGGGUGAGAGACAGAGAGACAGUGAGAGACAGAGAGACAGUGAGAGGGACAGGGAUCAUGGUAGGGAGAGAGACACAGGGCGAGGCAUGGAGAGAGACAAUAAGAGGAGCAAGGAGAAAGAGAGACAGAGAUGGUGAGAGGGAUAAACCGGAAUUACAGUCGAGAGAGAAAUGGACAGAGGGCUACAAAGGGAGACACGGGGAGAGACAUGGAGAGACAAGAGACAGUACGCUGACGCCACGUCCUCACGGCUUGCCAACUGACGUGACAUGCAGUGAACGAACAGAGGCAUGCGAAGGGGACACUGCGUCUUCACAUCAAAUGCGCGGUGAAUGAUUGGAAACGCUUGUAGAUGACACGGGAAUGCUGCGUCCUUAUCGCGCGAUGACCGAGCAGAGACGCGUGUAGGUGAUGGCGCAUCCUCAUGGCGUUACGAAUCCUUUAGUUUUAUUUAAGGACCGUUGCCUUUUUUAUUAAAAGUUUGUGCAAAUA